AUGGCGGAUUACACAUUUAUGCUGACUCAAAUUCUGCUCACCUGCUGUUUUUUGAUGACACACUGCUCACAACCCAACUGUACAUCUGUGAAAGACUUUGAUGACUGUCUAGGAAACACAACAGAUUUCUGCCCACAGAAUAUUGUUUGUGCAUGCAAAGAUGAAAAGCCUUUCUGCAAAUGUUCAAAUUUCAGAGGCCAGUGGGGAGACUACUGGUACAUGGGAGGCAAAUGUGAACAGCUCUGGAACACUCUGGACCUGAUUUUAGUAGCAACAUUGCCUGGAAUAGCACUGGCUGUAAUAGUUGGUGUGGUGAUCCAGAUUGCCCACUACUGUAAAGGGAAGUCAAAGAAGAAUGGAAACCAUCACAGAGAAGAGAGGAGUAUGUCAGCACUGCGAUCUCAGCGUAAUUCUGCAUAUGGUUUUGGUACUGAUAGGAAUCUUCCUCAACCUAAUCAAGGAGAGGUAAACACUGAAACUCAUUUGUCAAAUAAGAAUCUCUGGAAUAUAUCCCACCAGGAAGCCCUUUCUGGAAGUUCUUUUUCUCCAUCAUCACAAUUAUCCAGAACAAAUUCCAACUUUAUUGCUCAAGAACACAAAGAAGGCUUUCUUUACAACUAUCCAGCUCAUAACUGGAAUGGCUCUCCAGGACCAACUAAUCCUGCAGUAAACUAUGGGAACAAAUCUUUGUCAACCACAUACUCGAAGCCAAUCUUUGAUUUUUCCACAUCUGGUGCCCCAAGAGCAUCCUAUGCUCCAAAAGAAAAGAAAUAUUCAGUUUAUGAAGAACCAGAGAUACCUUACAAAAUAGGCCGUGCACACAUGAAAUCCAACUACUAA